AUGGAGGGGGCCGCAGAGGACAGGAGACACCGGCACAUCGGUGCGUCUGAGACCCUGUGGGAGAGUCGGCCUCCAGCCCUCCGCGAGUGCAGACAGACAGAUGGCAAGAAUAGCAGAUACGACCUGGUUUGUGUCGUCUGUGCAGGGCCUACUGACGAGGUAGCUGAAAAGUCACAGAAGGAGGGGCCUGGCCGUUCACCAGACUCUGUGUCUGCCCUGCCUGGGCGCCAGCAACCCCAGGAGACAGUGGCCGUGGCCAGGUUCCGGGCAAGCAGGAUUGUUGUUGCCUGUGUCCCACACCAGGGCCGACAGGGAUGCCUGGCGUGUCCGGCCCCAGUGGAUUUUUCAUGUGGAGCAUCCAGUGCCCGUCCCAGUGGGGUGUCACAUCACACAGAGACUCACGAGGAGCAUGCUGGCCCUGAGGGGCUUCUGAAGUGUGAAACGUCAUGCCGCUGUGUGUGGGGUCGGUGCUUCUGCCUGGCCGGUCACUUCAGAGGACAGGAGCAGAGAACUGGCAUCUCGGCAGCAGAGGUGGCCUCGUGCGUGCAGCACUUUCCCGGCAGGCCGCCUCGUGCCCAGCGAACAUUUCCCAGGUACCUGCCCGUGACCUUUAAAAGUUGCGUGUUCUGUGGGCUCCACAGGAAAAUCGGGGCCUGCUGCCUCGUGGGGGCCACUCCCCUGGACCACCACUUUCACCUCCCUGCCCUUUCUCCUGACACGCGCCCCCCGCUGCACCUGAAGGACAGUUUCCGUGAGUUCUGUGGCUGGUCCAGUGUCCUGAGCUCCCUCCACCAGGUCGGUCGCCGUUCAUGUCUCCUGUCCUCAGACCGGUCCUCGUGGUCCUGCGGGCUGGGGGCGUGGCCUGCUGUCCCGUGUGUGGAGUGUCCUGCCCAGGCCCCUCCCGGCUUCGUCCCCUGUGUGUGUCCAUCACCUUUCCCUGGUCGGCCUCCCACCUGCCCACCACGCAGGCGCCAGCCCCCCGGCUGGGCUGUGGCCUCCUGCUCCUUGUGUCUUUGUUCCACAGGUGUGUCCUCUCUGCACAGUGUGAACGCGGCGUUUCAGCUGCGUUUCAGGAAGGAGUGGGAGUGAACCGGUGUCCAGUCUCCACAUUUAACCACACCCCGGACCCUUCUGCUAGGGCCCCUGCCUUAUUUCCUGUUGCUGACAAAGCCGACCUCUCAGCCCCAACAUUUAACGCUAAAUACAUCCCCAGUCUUCCAACAAAAAGGGACCUCUGCCCUGGCUGGUGUGGCUCAGUGGACUGAGUGCCGGCCUGCAAACCAAAGGGUUGGUGGUUCCAUUCCUGGUCAGGGCACAUGCCCGGGUUGCUGGCCAGGUCCCUAGUAGGGGGCGCAGGAGAGGCAACCACACAUUGAUGUUUCUAUCCCUUUCUUUUUCC